AGAUGUGUUAUCGGAUCUACACAACAAACAGCAACACAGCUCGGAACUGAUCAGUGGCUCUAAGGUGAGACGCGUCGGAGCAGUUUUGUGUUGGUGUGCCGUAUAUAAGAUCCACAGAACGUUAUUGGAUCGGAUUAGUCAAGGUUCUGAUUUUGGACGGUUCGAAACACGGUGCGAUUUCCUAUUCUUUCCGCGGACAGAAGAUAAUUUCACGAUGGCAAAGCUGAUGUUUGUGAUUCUGGCGGUUUGCCUUGUUCAGGUAUCAUUAGCGCGCGUUACUCGCGAAACUCCUGCGGAGGAGAAUACAUUCUUCAAAACGCUUAGCACGAUUCAACAGAGGGCUCAUGAUGCGUUGACCGGACUCAAUCAAAGUGUUUUGAAAUCUUUGGGAUUCCAGUCAAACGAUGAAGUGGUAGAAACCAUCCAGAAGAACACAAACAAGUACGUCGAACAACUGAAGACCGUUCAGGUAUCACUCGAGGAAGAACUGAAGAAGCACUCGGGAGUUCUGGAUCCCGUUGUUAAGCAGCUCAACGAUAAGAUCGAUGAAACGAGGAAGUCCCUGACCGAGAAGAACCCAGAACUGGUACAGAAGGCUCAGGAAUAUCAGGAAAGUGUUCAGACCAGAAUUCAGUCGCUCUUGUCGGAGGCCCAGAAGACCGGAGAACAGCUGAAAGAAUCCAGCCGAGGUGCCACUGAACAAGUGCAAUCGGCUCUGAAGCAGUUGUACGAUGCAACGGUUGACACGUUGCAGAAGACCGUUAAGGAGCUGGAACCAAAUAAGCAGGCUUAGUUUGAAAAA